CUUAGAGUCUUUUUGAUCGAUGCUCAUUUCAUCGCCGGGCCAUUCAUUCAAGUGACUAGGAAACAUUUUCUGCCAAGUUUCCUUAUGGUCACCCAAAAGCUUUGUAAAGAGUGCUGAUUGCAAUUGCUUAACGAAAAACUUCUUGUUGUGGUAAGCGCCCUUUAGCAGCAACUUAACUAAAAAUCAUGUCCACAUUGCGUCCCCCUCGUUCUACUAUGUAUUCAAGACACGGUGGUCCAAAUUGGAACACAGGAAGCACCUUCUCCUCCAGUUCCAAGUUUCCUUUGGCCCGAGACUUGUUAGCUAGAAGCUAUGAACCGUCUUCUGAUUCCUUGUCUAACCUACUGACGCCCAAUCCACGUGGUGAGAUUCGCCGAAGAAGAUAUAGCCCAGAUCCAGGGAUGAACGACAAUGAUUGGAAAAAUCUCCUUCAACGACGAACGGAGCAAAAGAAAAGGAAGAAGAGGAUCGGACCUAGGACUGCCAUAGGGUACAAUGACAAUGAUUGUAAGGACUUGAGGACAAUCAAUGAUUACUUGGACCAGGUUGUCGCCAAAUCCAAAUUGGGCCUUAUGGACGAGGGACGAGAUUCCAUCUCCAGUCCCUCUCAACUCUAUCCGAAAAAAGCCAUUGCUUCCACCUUCGGUUCGUUCGUGGCAAAAUCAAGGAAACAUUUAUCGAAAGUAAAAACUGCCCAGGAAGUUACCCCGUCCAAAGUUGUGGAUGUCAAGUUGAAACCGACGAAAGACGCUUUUGUGAAGGAGAAUGCCCGUCCGGUGGCGCCCUCUUGUGACAAUGACGCACCAAACUCGACGUCAACCGCCGAGGAGACGACAACUAGGAGCUCGUUUGCUCUUGGGACGAUGACGUCGAGAAAGCAGCCCAUUCAACCCAAGAUCUUGCUCCAGCAGCCUCAUGAAAGUGAGAAAUUCGACACUUUGGACACUUACGGCCUAAUCUCAACGAGUAUGAAUGGGCGGUCUUGUCCAAAAUCCAUCAACUUAGAGAUUCUGAUUGGGCAAGGGACAGCCGACCAGUUGGGAGAGUGUGCUCGGGAUCUGUCAGUAGUCCCGACAAAAAGCUUAUUGUUGCAAAAUCACUUUGUUCGUCUUGAGCCUGCUCAUUUGGAAAGCGGGAAUGUCCUGGACCCGACACUUCAACAUUUAAAAGCGUCUCGAGCGUCAAUGGUGUCCAGUUCAACCUUACCCACUCAGCAAGGGGUAGCCCCAAAAAUGACUCUUUCCGAGGUUGGAUCAAACUUGGACCAAGUCUCCUAUGAUAGAGCAAGUGAUUGUUGUGGCAGUAGCAAUGACAUGGGACAGCCUCAACCUAAGGUGAACUCAAACCAGGAUCUCAAUCAACGGGUCAAUGACAUACACUACAAGGAGGCCAGCUCUGAUAACGAGGACGAGGACGAGGAUGAUUGGGAGUAUUAUUCUGAUGAUGAUGAAGAAGAGCUCACCAAUAGCUUGUCACCUUCCACAGCAAACAAGGCUUACAACAAGCCCCGACUCUCGGGGAUGUCAAUGGCCUUGUUGAACAUGUUUGACAACACAUGGAACUAUUGGGAAGAGGAGGAAGACAAUGAGGAGGAAGAAGAGGUAGACGAGAAGUCUCCCUACUACCAAAUCCCUGUGCCGGAGCCGGGCGUUUCUCCCUGGAUUGCUGACGAAAUACGAGACUGGAUCAAAGAGUUUCAAGACAAGAAGACCUUUAAAAAACUGAACAAAGUACUCUUGGAGAAAAGUGAUACUAAGAAGGGUGCCAAACUUGAUGAGGAAUCGGAUAAUUCCAACACGUUGAGUGAAGUUUUCAAGAUUAAAGGCAAAAAACAUGGCCUUUUCCGAAGCCUAGACCAUGCCAAUGGGAAUUGUCUCAAGACUUUUGGAGCUCAUUUGAAUGACCAGAUAGCGGGAGCUAUGUGGGAAAGGCUUCCUGGCAAUGCCUAUCUGGUCAAGUUUUUGAAUGGGAACAAUAAUGGAGAGGAAACCACCGGCACUUACUUGUAUCCGGACUUGAUUCAUGCCAUCCACGGCACAUUUUCCAAUGGCAAAUUGCUUCAGGGGAAAUACGGGUUUGUCAAGUCAGUUACCUAUGAACAUGAGAUCCUUCGUCCCCACAUUCGAAUACUCUCUGAUCAGGAUACGUUCCAAUUCGAUCAAUCCACGUCAAUCCGGAUCUCAAGCACGCCCCUUUUCCGAGAUCCAUAUGAACAUCAUAUGGUGUAUGUAGAUCAUUCAGGAAUUCCCUACGCUGGUGAAGGGCUCUAUGCGAAACAGAGCAUUGAACCAGGCACCUUGAUAUCUAUCUUCAACGGGAUCCGGAUCAGGGACUUCAACUCCACGGAAACCAGAUUCCGGGAGGGAUUCACCGAUUACAAGAUUCUUCUAAAGAGGGACAUGAGCCUUGACAUCCCCAAGGACAGCCAACGAACGGCAAAAUAUUGCGCCACUUUAGGUCACAAGUGUUGCCACUCUUUCUCGCCAAAUGCAGAUUUUAGGGAGCUUUACCAUCCAAGGUUUGGGCACGUCAUGUCCUUAGUGGCCAUCGACUACAUCCGACCCAAAACUGAAAUCCUGGUCAGCUACAAUUACCACAUUGAUAAAAGCCCAGAGUGGUACCGCGAUCUCUACUUUCAACAUCUUCGAAAGGUUGAAGGCAAAAGUGAGGAGCACUUGCUAAGUUUGUCUCGGAAAAUAUCACGGAAUUCCGGGGUAAAUAUCAAAAUUCCAUCUCCGGCCAGAACCUCUGAUCGAUUCGUGCCAUGUGGAAACUGUAAUGAGCAUGUUGGACUCGACAAUUUUAGUGCGGCUUGUGAGAGUUGUUCAACAUGGUUCCAUGUUGCAUGUCUGACUCGUGAACAACAAGAUAUCAUCCAAACUGCGACUGCCCGUGAAAGCCUAGAUGCAUUCAUUUGGAAAUGUGCUAAAUGUCGGUGAAAUAGACAGAAAUAAAUUUGCUGGUGAAAGUAUA